UGUUUAAAAUGAUGGGGUCCUUCCCCCGUCUAGGAAGUUAGGUAAGGUCAGGCAGGUUUUUUGAUUGGUUAGAUGAGGCUCUAGUAAAUUAUGCCUCUUUUAUAAUGACAAGAACGUCUGUGCAAAAAAUGACCAAAAUUGAACAACAACUUCUGGUUAGGGAUGUUUAUAGCUACACAACGAUUAACUCACGGCCAAAUGAAUGCCAAAUGCCACCAGAGUUACUGUCACAAAUCGUUCUCACGCUGUUCUCCGGUAAUGGACUAUUAGCCAAUCAGAGCGCACUCACGAUAAAAUAGCAUUAGUAGGAACUUGGCCGGUCGUGGUAAAAUAUCCACUGCCUACCAUAAAUAAGAAAUCAACCAAUCUUAACCUAACCUAAUCUAAAUUACCAAUCCUAGUUUAGAAGUGUGUUAUUUUAGGUUAGGUUAGUUAGGGUACAGACUUAUUUUGUUAUUUUAGCUUAAUGACAACAGAAGAAUUGUAAACAUGGUGUCCUUACAUGCAUGAACCAUAUUUACUCUUGACAAAAACAAGGGAAAACAAAAAUAAGCAAGUUGCAAUUCCUUCAUUUUUUGUGUGUAUUCUAAAGAAAUGAAGAAGUAGUCAACGAUGUUCCACUUACGGGGGUUGAGAGUCCCAGGAGGACCUCAAAGUGGCGUUUUAUGUACACAGUUUCUUUUAUUGUGGUCACCAAGAACUCCAAAUCAGAGUGUCUUAAAAACUAAAGAAAUAUCUAGGACUUACAGCUAUAUAUAUAAACACAAUGACUCAAGUUCUUAUAAAAGAAAAUGUCGAUUCAUUAACAAUACUCUAGUAUCUGUAUCUUCGAAUCUAAGUGAUGUUAAUACGUACCUAAAAGACUGUGGACUUCUCACACAUAGACCUAAGUGUGAUAGAGUAUUUGUAUCAAGAAACAUUUCCACAACAGCAGUUCAUCGUCUCUUCUGGGAAAAAGAUCCUAAGGGAGGAUAUGGUAGUAAGAAAAAACUCAGCCAUAAGGAGUUGAUUCGGGAUGGCCUGAAGCAGCUGAGAAGUGAAUUGUCAUUAUGGAAGGAAGAAGUGCGGGAAAAAUUUGAAGAUGAUCCAAUUUUAGUUAGAGGAGAUUCAGAAAGUUCAACUCCACCAGCCCAGGACCUUUCCCCAAAACCCAACCCUGUACUGACUGGCUGGAGUGAUGGCAAAUCAUCCGUUUACUCACAAACAAAUACGAAAACGUCAUUCAUGCAAUUGGAACUGGACGACAGUUUGCUAGAGUACAACAGGGUGCUUAUGGGUGACAUGGAUAAGAUGUGGAUUUUGAAUACUGAGGAGUCACUAAAACAAUGGGUAGUAACCAGUGAUCAAGACCAUGGGGAGGGGUUCAGUUCAGCCUCCCUCACCCUCUCUCCCACUGGCCAUGGCUUAUUCUCAGGACAGAUCAGCACUCAGGUGCCUAAAGAUGGAACAGUAAAGAGAGCAGGAUACUGCAAUCUGAAGACAAUAAGACCAAGGAAAUCCUUUCAAAGGGAAAUAUAUUUGGAUUGGUCUCUUUACAACCAUCUGGAGCUGCGAGUGCGUGGUGAUGGCAGGUCUUACCUCAUCAACAUCUCCACUGCUGGCUAUUUUGACAUAACCUGGAAUGACAUAUAUUCUUAUGUGCUGUACACUGAAGGACCUCACUGGCAGGUCACCAGGAUUCCUUUCUCCAAGUUUUUCCUCAACAGUAAAGGCCGCGUGCAGGACAGACAAGCACCGAUCCCCCUCAAACGUGUGGUUUCUGUUGGAAUAUCCGGAGAUCGUAAUGCCCCGUUUAGACUAGAAAUAGACUACCUAGGUGUUUACAGCGAUCCGGAUCACGCAGAAACAUUUGCUUACGAGUUGUACAAAGUUCCCAGAUAUACAACGGGCCACUAGUUAGGUACCACAGCCUCUUAUGUAACUGUAAAUAAAACAAAUACAGUGAGACCUCCAUGUAACGGACUUUUGUCUAUAUAAUCCGUUAAAUGGGAGGCAUCUUAUCUAACAGACCCUUGAUAUAACAGACUCAUCUCUCCUUAUCGUCCGCUAGAUAGAGGUUUCACUGUACAGUAAUAUAUAGAAUGAAUUAUACAGGUGACCAUUUGUAUAGUUCGUUAUAGUAGUUAUUUAUAUAGUGAACCUGUAUAAUAUAACUUGACUUCAGGGGAUUGUUUAUUAAUUCACCAGAGAAUUGUCUAAAUAACCAUUAUAAUUCAUCACAAUGUCAUUUAGGUAAUUUAUCCAUGAACUCAUCAGAUCAUCCACAAAACUCAUUAUGGACGUGAAUUUAAUUUAAGAAACCAAUAUGUUGUAUAAAAAUAAAGAAACAUUUGGGAAAGAUUCUUACUCAAAUGAAUGUCAACUCUGGAAAUAUAACCCACAUCAAUA